AGACGGACGCUGAACGUUACGUAACCGUCGAGGUGCAUUAUGGAUGUUUGAGUUUCCUUACCUGAUCGUGUUAAUGCAAAUCUACUCGACGUGCUUGGUUUUGGAACUACAACCAAAGCCGACACGGAAGUGAGGUAAAUACAGGUCAGAGUUCAUCUGUUGUCAUCACAUGUGCGCCCUCCGUAGCCAUGCGUUUCGAGGUUGAAAACUUUUAAUUUCAGUAAGUUUUUUGUUAUUUUUGAAUAUAAAAAUGCCAAGAGACAUAUCAUCUUCAUCAAGCGAAGAUGAGGCGGACAAUCCUGCUACAAAAUCACCUGUAAAACAAAAAGAAACCGAUAAGAAGACCACCAGGUACCAGUGUCCUGCUGACUUUGUGUCUUUCUGCCAUGAACCCUGCAGCAGCACUCUCACAGAGAGUCUGAAGAACAACAAGAAUGAGUUGUGGCUCAUUAAAGCUCCUGCCGGCUUUAACCCAGAAUGCUUCAGCGGCAUCAAGGUGCCCCUGUCAGGUCUGCAGACCGUGAAGGUCCCUGCUGCUGUAAGCGGAGCCAAGACUGGGAGUAGCCAGCAGAUCUACAGCCUCCUGGCAUCCACCCACGGUACCUCAGAGCUCUGCCUGCUCACCAGUGGCAAGCAGUCCUCCGAUGACGUGGUUUUAGGCCCCUCGUUUUCAGGCCUGCUAAAUGUGUGUGAGAGCUUUGGAGACAGCAGUGCCAACCAGGCCCCUCAGGUCAUCCCUGCUGCUCCAGCACCCUCCAUACCACCAGGGCUCAAACAGCGAUUCCUCCCCUUUGGCAGUAAGACCCCCACGUUGACCUGCGUGGCAGAGAGUGAGACGGAUGGAGCUGCCUGUGGGCCCUCGUCCACAACUCUCCGCCCCAUGGUAGUCAAACGAUUCGUGGAAGAAACAUGGCAGGGGGAAGAGGAGGACGGCAGGACAAAGAAGAAGAAGAAAAAGAAAGAAAAGCGAAUAAAGACAGAGCGAGAAGAGCAGUCGUUGGAGGUGGUGGGAGUGAAAGUGGAGCCUGUAGCUGAAACUCAGGAUGAAGUGAUGAAAGAGCUCCCCUUCCAGGAGGGCGGCGCUUUGGAGGAGAAGAGGAAGAAGAAGAAGAAAAAGAAGGACAGAGAGCGAGAGGAGGUGGAGGAGGGCCUGGAGCCCAAUGUGAGCAUAAAGGUGGAAGAGGUAACAGUGAAAUGUGAACCAUUAGACACUUUGCACAGCGAUGUCGUGGAGGGCUCUGGAAAGAAGAAGAAAAAGAAGAAGAAAAGCAAAACUGAUGACGACUAGUCUGUCGUCACUUUGCUGUUUCAUGUCAAGUUUUGUUUAUUUUUGACCUCAUGAACCGGCCUGCGAGCCAUUUUACUUCUAAUUUACUGCAGCUUGCUGAUUGAUUGCAUAAUGCAAGGCUUGCCUUGGCAGGACAUUGCAUUCAGAAAAAAGAACACACCCUGAAUCAAUUGAAUAGUGACGGGAAUCGUAAAGUGGAUUCAUCACAGCAUCUUUAAGGCCAGCGCCUUCAUCAUUUUGAGCUCAGAAAGAGACGGUUUUACACACAAAGGCUGUGCAGCUGCAGGCAUCCAUGAGUGCAUGAGUAACAUGAGUGUGCAAAGGGGGAUUUCUGCAUUUUCAUCCUGUGUCUUGUUGUUGACAGUUGUUUUUUUUUUUUUUUUUUGAGAUUAUUCUCACACCGUGUUGCUGUUUGUGUACAUAUUUACACAACCUGCCUGGUUAUGUUUCUGGUUUGACAGCAGGCUCAGGAGAGCAGAGGUGAUCUAAAGACAGAAUAAUGCUUCAUUGUCACGUAACAUUGUUGGUUUUUCUUUUAAGGAUCUGAGUCACAUGGUUACGUGUGACUCAUGGUUACAUGUGACUCAGAUCAUGUUACAAAAUAAACUCCCAAAGUGAUUAAUGGAAAUGAAAAAAACGUGUUUGUGUCCUGCAGUUGGUCCGUGCAAGUGUUCCAGUACAGCACAACAUUUUCCUCUCAUCCUUUGUUAGAGCAGUGAUUUCACCCAGAAGGAAUGAAUCUUGAACUCUGCUGUAACUCCGACGGUGGCUUGUAAAUUGUGCAACAAUUGUGCAAUAAAAAAGUGCAGAAUUUACACAUCGGUAGUGUUCUAAUGAUCUGAAAAAGUUUUUGGUAGAAGUCAUCAGGGACGGCUAAC